GCCAGUCACAGCGCUGUUACGGGAAGCUCGUAGGCUCAAACAGCUGUUAAACCCUUCGCGAUCAGCGAUCCCGACGGUCCGAUAUUCUUCCGGUAGCGAGCAUGGGGCCGCUAUUCAAGGCAAAGGCGCUGCUUGUGUCGGUCGGUGAGGUGUUGCAGUGUGCCUUUGGUCGGUAGUGACGGACAGACGGACAGCUGGCUGAGCGGAGAGCCUCGGCAGAGAACGGCUCAGUUGGCGACUUCAAGGCGACUGCUGUGAUGCUACGUAGGCAGCUGGAAGAAAUGGGAUUUCCUGCUAUGAGAGAGAGUCUUUGAGCCCGGAGCCUCGGACUUGCCUCUUCUAUUUUACCUUAUUUUUAACUGAGUUGGUUGGUUUGCUUUACAGACGCGGUGCUGUUCGGAUAGCUACAGAGGGCACUGGUCGCUUGGGGAAGCUUUGGGGAAUGGCAGGUCGAAGCCGAAGAGCCUGGUUUAGUGUUCUGCUGGGGUUGGUGGUCGGGUUCACGCUGGCUUCCAGACUCGUCUUACCCAAGGCGACCGAGCUAAAGAAAGCCGGACAGAAACGGACGGCGAACCCUGCAGGCUGUGGACUGAACGGGGGUCACAGGAAGGAAUACGACGGAGUACUAUGGCCACCGCAAGAUAACAGUUUACCGGCGACCGAGAAGCCUGGCUCCGGGUCCAAUCAUUUCCUGUUCGUCGGUGUGAUGACUGCCCAGAAGUACCUGAACAGCCGGGCUGUGGCGGCUCAUCGGACGUGGGCGCAGACAGUUCCAGGACGUGUAGAGUUCUUCUCCAGCGAAGGCUCUGACACCUCUAUACCCAUUCCCAUAGUGGCUCUGAAGAAUGUAGAUGACUCUUACCCACCGCAGAAAAAGUCCUUCAUGAUGCUAAAGUACAUGCAUGACCAUUACCUGGACAAGUACGAGUGGUUCAUGAGGGCCGAUGACGACGUCUACAUCAAGAGUGAGAAGCUGGAGAGCUUCCUGCGCAGCCUCAACAGUAGUGAGGCCAUCUUUCUGGGACAAACAGGCAUGGGGGCCCGGGACGAGCUGGGUAAACUAGCUCUGGAGCCUGGGGAAAACUUCUGCAUGGGGGGGCCAGGGGUCAUCAUGAGCCGUGAGGUCCUCAAGAGGAUGGUGCCUCACAUUCGAGAAUGUCUACAGGAGAUGUACACCACCCAUGAAGACGUGGAGAUUGGCCGCUGUGUCAGGAGGUUUGCCGGGGUCCAGUGUGUCUGGUCCUAUGAGGAAGCACAGUGUCCCCACAGUCUCGGCUUCGGGACAACCAGUCAGCCACCCGGUCUCAACGCCGCCUCCUCCGCCACCUCCAGCGGGGCCAGCGGGGCCAGCGAAGCCGCUGUCAACCAUGUCGUGACGCCACCCAUCCGGAAGCUGUCCUGUCCUGUUGCAAUGCGUUGGUCUGCCUCCAGCACGACCCAGGCUCUGUCGACUCCUCGUGGGUCCGGGUCCGCCUCCUCCUGCUUGUCUCUCAUCUCCUGCUGCUUGUCUCUCGUCUCCUGCUGCCUCAACAGCCGUGGCCCCCUGGUCCGUUCCAGGCAUAGCCACCCCCAGCCGCGGUUCCUCUCUUUGGUCCCUCUUCUUUCCUCUCGUAAUUUUCACCUCCUUACUUGGUCAAAUCCCACUUCUGACACCAAUUGUGAAGCUGACCGUUGAGCGGCCCAGACCAAGCAAGGAGGCAGAGGCAGAACGUCCAAAAAUAUAA